UGCAGUUGCUCCGGCUGCUGCUGUUGCUGCUCCAGCCUCUCCGGCUGCUGCCCGGGAGGUAAAGGGCGGUGAACUGUGUUGUGUUGUUGUGUUCGUGCUGCCGUCGCCGCCCUGAACGGAGUAGAGGAGCCGAACGUCCGCGGGCUGGCGAGAGCGGCGAGUCAGCAGCUGCGUGGUCUCUUCAGGCCGGGUCCUGUCUGCGCUGCCGCAGGGAGGCCGCCCGGCCCAGCGAACCGAACCAAUGCUGGACCUGGAGGUGGUGCCUGAACGCUCUCUGGGGAACGAGCAAUGGGAAUUCACUCUGGGAAUGCCUCUGGCUCAGGCAGUAGCCAUUCUUCAGAAGCACUGUCGCAUCAUCAAAAAUGUCCAGGUUCUCUACAGUGAGCAGUCUCCUCUAAGCCAUGACCUCAUCCUUAACCUGACUCAGGACGGGAUCAAACUACUGUUUGAUGCUUUCAAUCAGAGACUUAAGGUGAUUGAAGUUUAUGACUUGACAAAAGUAAAGUUAAAAUAUUGUGGAGUGCAUUUUAACUCUCAGGCCAUCGCUCCUACCAUUGAGCAAAUUGACCAGUCUUUUGGCGCAACCCAUCCUGGAGUGUAUAACUCUGCUGAGCAGCUCUUCCACCUCAACUUCAGAGGACUGUCUUUCUCUUUCCAGUUAGACUCAUGGACGGAGGCUCCCAAGUAUGAGCCCAAUUUUGCCCAUGGUCUAGCUUCUCUUCAGAUACCCCAUGGAGCAACUGUAAAACGAAUGUACAUCUACAGUGGAAACAGCCUCCAGGAUACAAAGGCUCCUGUGAUGCCCUUGAGCUGUUUCCUAGGGAAUGUAUAUGCUGAAAGUGUAGAUGUUCUUCGAGAUGGAACUGGACCCUCAGGGUUGCGACUUCGCUUGCUCGCUGCAGGUUGUGGGCCCGGAGUAUUAGCAGAUGCCAAAAUGCGAGUGUUUGAGCGUGCCGUGUAUUUUGGUGAUUCUUGCCAAGAUGUCCUUAGCAUGCUUGGCUCUCCACACAAGGUCUUCUAUAAAUCCGAAGACAAGAUGAAAAUUCAUUCUCCUUCCCCUCAUAAACAAGUUCCAUCCAAGUGCAAUGACUACUUUUUUAACUAUUUCACUCUUGGAGUGGACAUCCUCUUUGAUGCAAAUACACACAGAGUGAAGAAGUUUGUCCUGCAUACCAAUUACCCUGGGCACUAUAACUUUAACAUUUACCACCGCUGUGAGUUCAAGAUCCCACUAGCCAUAAAGAAAGAAAAUGAAAGUGGUCAGACUGAAAUAUGCACGACCUACAGCAAGUGGGACAACAUCCAGGAGCUUCUGGGCCAUCCUGUGGAAAAGCCUGUUGUCUUGCACAGGUCCUCAUCCCCAAACAAUACCAAUCCCUUUGGCUCUACAUUCUGCUUUGGUCUUCAGCGGAUGAUCUUUGAGGUCAUGCAGAACAACCAUAUUGCCUCAGUGACCCUGUAUGGCCCCCCUAGGCCUGGUACCCACCUGAGAACAGCAGAGCUGCCCUAGGACAUCACUACCCAUUCCCCUCUGUCCAUGGAACUGUGCAUCACAUCCAGCUCAGUGGGUCUCUGUGCCGGUGUUGUGUUUUCUGGGACUCCGAAGGGUUGAAGGGCAGUGUUGAAGGGCUCUGGGACUCCGAAGGGUUCAGAAGUAGGAUUCGGUCUGAGUCCUCCACCUUGGGGCAGACGACCCAGAUACAGCUCUGUCCUAAGUCUGCUUUUGCCAGCAGAGAACACAGUCUGCAAAGAGAAGCACAAACUUUGAGCCUUGAUACCAGGCCCUCUUGACUAACAUGUAAUGAAGGACAUGUCAAGCCCUGACCUGCCUACACAGGGAAGAUGGGGCUCUUUCUCUAGCUAAGGGAACGUAACUUGGAUGAGAACAGGGUCCUGCUUUUGGCCGGACGUUGCCAUGUGGCCCUUAAGGUGAGCAGAGGUAGUAGCAUGUCCAUAGUACUUGGUUGCAAUAUUUGCACUACAUCCACUUUAGUUACUUGAGCUGGCUGUGGCUGGUGUGGCCCACAUGCCCUUUUCUGUUUCUUUUGUGUAAGUGCUCCCUGCCCAGGUGGCACACCCAAGUGGUUGAAAUACAGUUUUCUUCCAGGUAUUUACCUAAGCCUGGUUCCCACUGCUGCUCUGGGAGCCAGCCUUUAAGGUCACCUGUGUCUCUUGGUCCAACCUGGCUGACAGGGCUGCAUGUCUCCAUCUUGUUUGCCUUUUAUUUAAUGCCAAAGUGUUAGCCAAAGACACCUUCCUCCUUUCGUUACAUUAAAGCAUUCUGUUAUGCACUGUGGGCCAGCUCCCUGCCCUAGUUCUGGGCACUGGCCUGGCCUGACCUGGCCACUUGGCUUAAAGGCCUAGGGGCUCAAGGAACACUGGGCUGCUUGGUUUCUUACAUGGGUCUUGCUAAUGGAAAGUAGCAUAUAUGUGCUUUAAAAUAGUAAUCCUUUUGAAAAGAAUUGAGAAGAGAAAUGUAUAAUUUUAUCUCAUUUUUAAUAUUUUGGUCUAGCAACUUGUGAUACAUAGAUGACAAUUUUGUGAGUUUUUCAAAUGUGUGUACAGAUUUUUGUAAAUAAUGACUUUUGUAAUUAACUCAUGUACAGCCUCAUCUUGUAUAGUUCAUGAUGAAUGUGCGGGGACCUGCCCCAGCUGUCUGUAUGGUUCCUGGGCCUACAGCCAGGCCUGUGUGGCACUCCCAUGACUGAUGGACAGGUGUCUUCCCAUUUGGACCUUGGUCUGGCCAGAGACCCUGCACAUCUCGCUGUCAGGGUAGCCAGGACUGUUCCCAUCCUCUUGAACAGAGGAAACUUCCUUGUCCCCUUUCCAAUAAAGCACCUAUGCCCUCAGUAACAGCUUGCCAUGUGCUGCUGCUGGGGUGUUUGUACUAAAA